GUUUUUAAGUUGUCUCCAGAAGCUUCCCAAAACCCAUUUCUCCGAGCGAAACCCUACUAAAACCCUCAACGUCUCCCCUUCUCCCCCACCCAACUCACUGAGUCAUCUUCCUCAACUCACCAGAAACUUGCUCGCUCGUUUUCUCUGACUCCGAAUCAUGCACCGCCUCUCCAGGCGCUCUGUCUCCGCCGCCCUCCGCGCCCCCGCCACUCAUUACCGAAACGCUGCGGCGGCUCCAAUCUCCUCCUCCACUCCCGUCUAUGAUUCGGCAGUGGGGAGUGAUAACAACACCAGGUGGUACUCUGCAAUAACUGGAGGGACGUGUGACACGGCCAGAUACUCAACUCAACUGAACUUGAAAAGUGGUUUGUUUUUGGGCAGCCGAUAUGAGUCAACUGCAGCAGCAUCUGAUUCCGCAAAUCAGCCUACACCUCCAGCUGAGAAAUAUGAGUAUCAAGCCGAGGUUAGUCGUCUCAUGGAUCUUAUUGUCAACAGCUUGUACAGCAAUAAGGAGGUGUUUCUUCGGGAGCUUAUCAGCAAUGCAAGCGAUGCCUUAGACAAGCUACGGUAUCUAAGUGUUACAGAGCCUCUGCUUUUAAAGGAUGCUGUUGAUCUUAACAUCCGUAUCCAAACAGACAAAGAUAAUGGGAUAAUAACUAUUACUGACUCUGGCAUUGGUAUGACUCGGCAAGAACUUGUAGAUUGCCUGGGAACUAUUGCACAGAGUGGAACUGCAAAGUUCUUAAAAGCCGUGAAGGAAAGCAAGGAUGCUGGUACCGAUAACAAUUUGAUUGGUCAGUUUGGUGUUGGCUUUUAUUCAGCAUUUCUUGUUUCUGAUAAGGUUGUUGUCUCAACAAAGAGUCCAAAAUCUGAUAAGCAAUAUGUAUGGGAAGGAGAGGCAAAUGCUAGCUCUUAUACCAUUCGGGAGGAGACAGACCCAGAGAGUCUCAUUCCUAGAGGAACACGUCUUACAUUGUAUCUUAAGCGUGAUGACAAAGGUUUUGCACAUCCAGAACGGAUUGAAAAGCUUGUGAAGAACUAUUCACAGUUUGUUUCGUUCCCAAUUUAUACUUGGCAGGAGAAGGGAAUCACUAAAGAGGUUGAAGUUGAUGAGGACCCAGUUGAAGCCAAAAAGGAUGGUCAAGAUGAGAAUACUGAGAAGAAGAAGAAAACUAAAAAAGUUGUUGAGAGGUUUUGGGAUUGGGAGCUUACAAAUGAGACUCAACCAAUUUGGCUUCGCAAACCUAAGGAGGUGACAACGGAAGAAUACAACGACUUCUACAAGAAAACUUUUAAUGAAUACUCGGAUCCACUAGCAUCAUCACACUUCACAACUGAGGGUGAGGUGGAGUUUCGUUCUGUACUUUAUGUUCCAGCUGUUGCUCCGAUGGGAAAGGAUGACAUAAUCAAUUCCAAGACAAAGAAUAUAAGACUUUAUGUUAAGAGGGUCUUCAUUUCAGAUGAUUUUGAUGGAGAAUUGUUCCCUCGAUAUCUAAGCUUUGUGAAGGGUGUUGUAGACUCAAAUGACCUUCCGCUCAAUGUUUCACGUGAGAUUCUUCAAGAAAGUCGCAUUGUACGAAUCAUGAGGAAACGUUUGGUCCGAAAAGCUUUUGACAUGAUUCUGGGAAUAUCCAUGAGUGAAAAUAGAGGAGAUUAUGAGACAUUUUGGGAGAAUUUUGGAAAACAUUUGAAAUUGGGAUGCAUAGAAGAUCGUGAAAAUCACAAGCGUCUCGCUCCGUUGCUUAGGUUCUUCUCUUCCCAAAGUGAGGAUGAGAUGAUUAGCGUAGAUGAGUAUGUUGAGAACAUGAAACCUGAGCAGAAGGAUAUUUAUUAUAUUGCUGCUGACAGUGUGACUAGUGCUCGGAAUGCACCUUUUCUGGAAAGACUUCUUGAGAAGGAUCUUGAAGUCCUCUAUUUGGUUGAUCCCAUUGAUGAGGUUGCCAUUCAAAAUCUUAAAUCAUACAAGGAGAAGAAUUUUGUUGACAUUAGCAAGGAAGACUUGGAUUUAGGUGAUAAGAAUGAGGAAAAAGAGAAAGUGGUCAAAGAAGAAUUUGGCCAAACUUGUGAUUGGAUUAAGAAACGGUUGGGUGAAAAAGUUGCCAGUGUUCAAAUCUCAAACCGUCUGAGUUCAUCACCCUGUGUUUUGGUAUCUGGGAAGUUUGGUUGGUCUGCCAACAUGGAAAGACUAAUGAAGGCACAAACAGUUGGUGAUACAUCUACUUUGGACUUCAUGAAGGGGAGAAAGGUGUUUGAAAUCAAUCCUGAGCACCCAAUUAUUAGAGACUUGAAUGCUGCAUAUAAGAGUAAUCCAGAUGAUGAAGAUGCCUUGAGAGCUAUAGAUCUUUUACAUGAUGCAGCACUUGUUUCUAGUGGAUAUACGCCUGACAAUCCUGCGCAACUUGGUGGUAAGAUAUAUGAGAUGAUGGGAAUGGCUCUUUCAGGCAAAUGGUCAACACCUGAAGUCCAGCAUUCAGGAUUGCAACCUCCCCAUGCAGAGACAUUGGAAGCUGAGGUGGUUGAGCCUGUUCAAGCUGGUGGUCAGAAAUGAAAAGUGCAUGGUUUUGUUUUUCCUUGCUCCUUCUAUAUGCAUAUAUCAAUAUAUUCAGUAAAGUUUGCCAGGGCUUCCUUACUAAGUUUUGAUGUAGUGCCUAAGGUUUUUUCUUCUUUUUUUUUUUUCUUUGUUGUUGGCACAAUCUAGUGCUAAGUUAAGUGAAUACUUGGUUCAUAAGUUGCAUUGAGAGUUUGAGUAGAUCUGACUUGGACGAAAAUGUGAACCUUUACGCUCUCUUGCCCAUUCUAUAGCCGCUUAGCCAUAGGUUGCUGUUUCAUGAUUUAUGCAAGAAACUAAAUGAGAAAUAGAUUAACUGGCGUC